CUUAAAAAGAAGAUGAACAUGAACUCCAUUAAUGGCCACCAAGAGAUGGACUUCUUCUCUGAAGACAAGAAGAACAACAAGGGCAUGAGAAAUGAAGAAUUGGAUCUCAAAACAACUCCAUGGCUUGGCAUCAAGAAAGAAGAUCUCACCAUGAGUUAGUACUGUUACUGUUUGUUUUUAGACUGGAUUUCAACUGAUGAAUAUCAAAAUGAAUGAUCAUUCUACAGUGGAUAAUGAGGAUAGAUCACAUGAGUUGGAAGCCAUGCAAGCAGAGCUUGGAAGGAUGGAUGAAGAGAACAAGAGAUUGAGGGUGUUGUUGAGUCAAGUGACAAACAAUUAUAACACUCUCCAAGCUCAUCUUCUUGCAGUGAUGAAACAGAGAGAUCAAAGUGGCCAUGAGGUUGUGCAAAGGCAAUUCAUAGAUCUCGGUCCGACAGUGAACACGGUGGUGGUCGAUACCGAUGAGCCUUCGCAUUCUUCGACAGCCGGGGGAAGCCAAGAGAUAUCCACAUCACCAUCUAACAACAUUGAAGUAGGCUCUCUUGGUACUGAAGAGAAAGAGAAGCUAUCUCCCAAUAAGAACAAUGACCAAGCUUCUCAAGAGGCCACAAUGAGGAAAGCUCGUGUUUCAGUUAGGGCUAGAUCAGAAGCUCCAAUGAUCACAGAUGGAUGCCAAUGGAGAAAAUAUGGACAGAAGAUGGCAAAAGGAAACCCAUGUCCUCGUGCAUACUAUAGAUGUACCAUGGCAACUGGUUGUCCAGUUCGCAAACAAGUUCAAAGAUGUGCUGAUGAUCGGAGCAUCUUGAUAACAACAUAUGAAGGAACACACAACCAUCCACUGCCACCGGCAGCCGCGGCGAUGGCAUCGACGACCUCUGCUGCAGCGUCGAUGCUUCUUUCCGGCUCGAUGUCAAGCACUGAUGGAUUAAUGAAUGCUAACUUCUUAGCAAGAACUAUACUCCCCUCCACCUCAAGCAUGGCUACCAUUUCAGCUUCAGCUCCGUUUCCUACUGUUACAUUAGACCUCACUCAUUCCUCUUCCUCCAAUCAGUUGCAGCUUAACAGAUCUCCGGCAACUGCACCGUCGUCUUUACCGAACAUAUUCGGGCAACCAGUAGUACACAAUCAAUCAAAAUUUACAGGGCUUCAGAUGUCGCCGGAGACUCAUCGGCCGUCCACAUUGACUGACACUGUAAGUGCUGCCACUGCUGCUAUUACCGCUGAUCCCAACUUCAGCGCCGCCCUCGCCGCCGCCAUCACCUCCAUCCUUGGUGGUUCUCAUCCAACAACCAACGCUACCAGUAGUUGAAAUUUUAUUCGCUCUCAACUUUGAUUUCUAGUCUCAUUAUUCAUUUUUGUUCAAAUGAGAAGAAUUAAUUAAUCAUGUGUCAAGACAUAUAUAUAUAUAUAUAUAUAUAUAAUAUAGCUAUUAUUUUGGUAUGUAAACUCUUUUAAUUUCUAGAUGAAUAUGAAUAAUACAUGAGGGAAUUACGAGAUUGAUUUUAUUUGAUGUUGUAAUUUGUAAGCACUGUAAAUGAGAGCCAAGGAAAACGUCCAUGCAUAUGUGAAGAAGAAGAAGAAAGGUACAAUUUGUCUGUCCUUGC